UUUCCUGUUUGAGACACGCCAUAUCGCUUGUUAUUUGCUUAACUCUCCGCACAGAGAACGCUGACUUUGGAUUGGGACUCUUCUGUAUUUUGGUCAAUAUUAAUCGGCGAUCGAAUUCGGAUAAUUGAAUACAAACGAUGAGCGACAUCGAGAGAAGUGGGAGUCGCAGUGCUAGUCCUAGAGGGCCACGUACUACAGAUGGCGGCUUAAGAGAUUCGCGAUCUCAUUCGAGAUCGCGUAAAUCACGUGAUCGCAAAGAAACUCAUAGAGAAGUCAAGUACUCUAGAUCAAGAAGUCGUUCCGUAUCACGAGGUCGCAAGGCGUAUCACAGCAGUAAAUAUGCCAGUGUUGCCCAUCGAGGUAGCAGUCGUAGCAGAAGCCGUUCUCCUUAUCGCGGUGGUCGUCAUUCCCGCAGCCGAUCUCGUUCUUACUCACGUUUUCGAUAUUCUCGCGAGCGACGCGUAUAUCGAUCUCACUCGUGUAGUCCAAUGUCAUCCAGACGACGACACAUUGGUAACCGCGACAAUCCUGGGCCCUCACGUUGCCUAGGUGUUUUUGGUUUGUCAAUUUUUACCACCGAACAGCAAAUACAUCAGAUAUUCUCAAAAUAUGGUCCUGUGGAACGAAUAGUGGUUGUCAUAGAUGCCAAGACUGGAAGAUCUCGGGGAUUCUGCUUUGUAUAUUUUGAAUCAACCGAAGAUGCUAAAGUGGCCAAGGAGCAAUGCACCGGUAGAGAAGUCGACGGACGGAGAAUAAGAGUAGAUUUUUCGAUAACACAACGUGCUCACACUCCCACUCCCGGGAUAUACAUGGGCAAACCUACACAUCUUCAUGACAGAAACUGGGACGGUCCCAGACGUAGAGAGAUUGGCUACAGAGGUAGCUACCGUCGAUCGCCAAGCCCAUACUACCGUCGACGUGCUCGGUAUGAUCGCUCUAGAUCGCGCUCCUAUUCGCCACGUAAGUACAGUUCCGAUUACAAAGUUGUAACGUAAUAUAAGCAGUCUACCAUUGACAUGUUAUUCCUGUAUAUAAAAAAAAAAAAGAAAAAUGUAUCUUGGAAAUGAUAUAUUUUUACAGAACCGCUUAGAAAAUAGAAAAACUCGCGCUCUUAAAAAUUACAAUUCGGACAAUGAAAGACCAACAGAACACGUUUAUUUACGUUAGCUUUGUUCCUUUGGUCUUCCAUUUCCAAAAAUUACUUAAGUUGUUUUGUUUCCGAAAACUUAACACUUUUGUACACUUAUUACACAAUACACAAUUUACGUGAUAUAUCUUGCGUUUUCUAAAACAUUUUCUGUAUCUUUUGUUUUAUUUCUUGUGUGAAUCUUUUUAUAUUAACAAAACUUUUGUAAAUUUCGAACAUUUUAUAAAAUAAUUUUUUUUACAAAAUUCAAAACGAGCUGUGAUUAUUUUUUUCGGCCUAUUUUGACAUUUGUAUUAUAGUAUACACUGAUUCACAAAUGAUUUCUCGAACAAAUCGUAAAGAGUUUCUCUGAACAAUUUUUAAAAAACUAUGAAAUUUGAUGUACUAACUUCAAUAAGAUGCAAAUAAAAUAAUUCGUAAUUGUAUAUAACAAAUCGGAUACCGAUUAUGUGGAAUUACAUGUAUUAUGAAUCCCCAUGAGAAUCGAUUUCGAUACAGGUAGAGUGCACUUAUGUAACAUAAUUACCAAAUAACUCGCGUUGCUGAUAUUCAAUUUUUCCGGAUUCAUAUUUUCGUAGACCGCUUAUAUUUCAAGUUGGAAAAAAAAAAAAAAAAAAAAAAAACGCGAUGUUAAUUGGUCUACGAAGUAAGUAUUUAAGUUAGUAAAGAAGAAAUGUGGCAGAUGGGAACAUCAAAGAAAUUCAUCUGAUAAAUCGUACGGUAGUAACUAAGCAGCAAUCCGUAAAAUGCGUAAAACAAUUAUGGUUUUUUUGUUGCUUAAUGAAUUUCAGGUCGGUAUUAAGUGACGAGUGAUCUGGAAGCCAGAUGUUGAUGAUUUUGGGAGACCAAUGAGUUUGACCCGAGAAUAGUUCAGCACGGGGUCAAAAUGCAUACUAAAAUAUUCUGUCGUUACUAUUCUUACCUUACAUAAUUUUCCGAAUUAUACGCAGUUUGAUUAUUUUUAAGUGUUGUAGUUUGUACAAUUAUAUUUAAAAAAACACACAACGUAUUCAUCGAGACGUUUAGCAGGAAACAAAGAUGCGAAAUUUUAGUAAAGUAGUGCAUAUUAUGUGCACAAAGUCAGUAAGGUUAGAAUAGACACAGAACCUUAUUUUCAUAAGUUCAUAUCGUUUUCUCCUAAUAGUGUUUUUGUUUUUUUUUUUUUUGUUUUUUUUUUUUUUUUUUUUUUUUUUUUUACCGCAUACUUAAAUGUUCGCUAUAGCCUGCGUUCAGACUUUCUCGCCACACGUAUUCUCUUAAUCGUUUAUGAAGAUAAGGUUUUAUGUUGUAAUAAAACUGUGCACAAUUUAUAUUUAUAAUGUAAAAGCUGGAAUAUGAUUGAUUAUUCGUAUUCUCGCUCGAUUUAUCAGGUUACAGUUGUAUUCCAGUCAUUGAUGAAAAGUCUGAAAACAAAACAAAAAA